GGCCGGAGCGUCUCUCCACGCCUCUCUCUCUCCGGCUGUCUGCUGCCUCAACCCGACACUCAAACUCUGAAAACACAAUUACACGCAAAAGACGAAUGCGUGGAUAUCAUGCAGUCACAUGAAACCACUUUAUUUCCAGCCGAUAAACACACGAACCUCCUCUCCUCUUCCUCCUUCUGGUGUUUUCCUCUCUGUGUGUAAUCGAGGCUGGAUUCAGAGACGGGGAAAACAGGAAUGUUUCUUCCGGUUUCAAAGAGUGUAAAAACCGAACGGAAGCCGAUGUGGUCUUUGUAGUGUAUCAGCACACUCUUGUCCUCCUACCUUCGCCUCCGCUACCUUUGCCUCAUUGACUGCUGUGCAACUCAGCCCUGCUGUCGGCUUUGGUUUCCCCCCCGACUGCCGGAAAAACCAUUGAGACAAGAGAGAGGCCUCUGUCUCUAGAACUGCAGUCGACCUUUCUGAGAGCUCUGCCACCCCCUCCUCCUCCUCAUUUCACUUCAUAACCAUAACCUGCAGCUGCCUCACCACAAAGAACGGUUGGCGAUUGCUCAGCAGAAGGAUCGACCGUUGUCCAGCGCCUGGCCCCGGACUGGUGCUCAUUCAUUGGGGGAGGGAGGGGAAGGAAGGCAGCUGAACGUUGUGCCGCUUUCCCCGGAGAUGAAGCUCCAGGCUGUCAUGGAAAACCUGCACAGGCAGCAGAGGGCCAAGCUGCUGAUGGAGCAGCAGCAGCUACAGCAGCAAGCCGCCGCCCAACACUCUCAGGUCCGCACCAUCGUUGGAGGAGGGGACGAGCCGAUGGGGAGCCCGGCCCCCGAGGCGGAGCAGGCCCAGAUGGCGGCACUGGCAGCCAUGCGUGCCGCUGCCGCCGGGCUGCAGAGGGUCUCGGACAGCCCCAUGUCAGACCGCAGCAGCGGUGGCGAGGACGAAGAUGACGACGAUGACAAUGAAGACCGGGAGGAGCAUUACAAGGACAUGAUGGGGUCAGAUGAGGAGGAGCAGAUCAAACGGAAAUGGGACGAGGAAGACUUCGAAGGCGAGAUGGAAGAAGACUUUGAUGACGACCUGGCGGAGGAGGGUCUGCCAACGGGCCAUGAAGCUGUGGCUCCAGGGAAGGGAAUCCUCCUGCUACCGCACCGUCAGCUCCACCCUCACUCUCAGCUGCUGAAGGCCCGGCCCAGCGUCGACCAGGAGCCCCGGGUAGCCAUCAUGCCCCCCCACGCCACACAAAGCCAUCUGAGCGGACAGGACCACGGAGAGUGGACCUAUGAGGAGCAGUUCAGACAGCUGUAUGAACUGGAUAGAGACCCGAAGAGAAAAGAGUUUCUGGAUGACCUUUUCAGCUUCAUGCAAAAACGAGGAACGCCAGUGAAUCGUAUUCCCAUCAUGGCCAAGCAGGUCCUGGAUCUGUACAUGCUCUACAGGCUGGUGACAGAGAAGGGCGGCCUGGUGGAGGUCAUCAACAAGAAACUGUGGAGAGAGAUCACUAAAGGACUCAACCUGCCUACCUCAAUCACCAGUGCAGCCUUCACCCUACGCACACAAUACAUGAAGUACCUGUACCCAUAUGAAUGUGACAAGAGGAGUCUGAGCAACCCCAAUGAGCUCCAGGCAGCCAUCGACAGUAAUCGGCGGGAGGGCCGGCGGCAGAGCUUUGGCAGUUCCCUCUUCACAUACUCGCCCAACGGGACCCCUACAAUGCUCUCCUCGCCCAAACUCCCAUCAGCCAGCGUUGGCCUGACGAUGGGCACCAACGGAGCCUCGCUGAUCCAUAACCACAAGAUCAAGCAAGAAGAGGACGUAGGCCACUCACUGAUGGGGCUCAGUAUGGCUCGUCUGUCAGCGGGGGCGCUGCAGGGGAACACGAUGGGGGUGAUGCAGGCGGCGGCCGCUCAGGCGACAAUGGCCGCUCAGAUGGCGGCUCUGGAGCAGCUCAGGGACAAACUGGAUGCCGGAGAGCCACCAGAGAAGAAGAUGGCGCUGCCGGCAGAGGAACACCAACGACUGCUGCAGAGAGCGCUGCAACACAACCUGCUGGCCAUGACCGCUCAGUUACCCAUGAACAUCCGCAUCAACAACCAAGAGAGCAGGCAGAACUCGGCCCUGAACCUCACCACCAACGGCACAGGCAGCAUCAGCAUGUCAGUGGAGCUCAACGGCGUGAUGUACACCGGCGUUCUUUUUGCUCAGGCAGCAGCAGGGGCAGCUUUGUCCGGUGCAGUCGGAUCGUCCGUCUCCAACAAGAUGGUCAGCAGUCGUGUUGCUCCAGCGCAGCACCAGAACACACCUACCUCAACCUCAAGCAACCCGUUGUCUUAACAAACCCCAGCCUUUUAUUUUUUUUACCACGCUAAGUAAAGCCAAAAAUCAACCUCAUUUUCUACAUAAUCUAUGCCAAAAAGAGAAGAACCAUAAACUGUACAGAGACUCAAACUGAAACUCAGAUCACUUGAAUUACACUAUCUCAGGUUUUCUCUCAUCAACUCACCUCUUUUGUUCUUCAUAGCCAAAAUUAUUUCGGGGAAAAAACAAAGAAUAUCUCAACUGAGAACCAGUAUAUGCUAAACAAAUAUGUAUGCACAAUCUGUGAAUUAUUUAUUUCUGCAUAAAUGUACAGAUUAUUGGAGAACAAAAGAGAAGGUAAUAACCAGGAAGGGUAAUGCACUGUUUACACACAAACACAGCUACUGAUUGACAGCAAUGUUUUAUCCUCUAGGGGUAGAUUCUUUUAUUUUAUUUUAACUUUUUGUUGUUAUUGUUAUUCUCUUUACUGUGUUUUAUCAUUUAAUUUUAAAUCUUUAACAAUCCUCUCACUGCAGGAAAAAAAUAUAUUUAGAAUUAUAUUAAAAAAAAAAAAGAUAAUAUGAAUAUUCUCUAUUUUUAAUCAGAAAAGCUUUUAAGGUAUAUGUUUUCUUCAGGGCAUAUAACAAUGUACCAUUGUGACCUCAUUUUGUGUAAAACCUUUUUCGCAAGGCAGCCAUUUUGGAUCUCUAUUAGGGAGAUUGCGGUCACUCCUGUUGUGUACCGAGAUACACAUCAUAUUAGUGCACAGAUUCUCCAGUGAAACAAAAAUGUAAAACGCAUCUCAAGAGUGGUUACAAUGCUACAUAGCUAAUGAAUGCUCUGAAGCUGUCAUGCUUCUCCCGUUACAGCUGGAUAAUGUUUUUAUCUAAAACCUGCUUGUUGACAUGAGGCCAGUUUAAUGUAUACUGUAUCUGUGCCAAUCUUGCAGGUAUUUUGUGAGUUAGCUUUGAGUUCAAAAUGGCUGUUUUGUAAGAGUAAGGUCAGUUCUGCAGGCGGGGAUAUGAACUCUUAGCCUUUCUUUUACCCUCGCCGCAGCUAACACGCUGGACUUUCGGAGCCUCAGUAGCGUCCACAUAGACUGUUGCUGUUCGGGGUUCAGAUUGUAUGUGAAUAAUAACUAUUUUCGACUGCUCUCAGGUGUCUGAUGCUCAUCGCUUUGUACAAUAUCUUGACAAAGCCAGAGCAAUGCUUUUCAACAUCUUUCUCUGCAGAAAGAUCGAUUUUCAUCUUCUUGUUUUUCUUACUUGGCCUUCUAGUGAAGUGAUUGUCUUAAGGUCAUAUGCAUGCCUGUAUUUGUAGAUGAAGCCUUUCAGCGAUCAGGAAUGAGGCAGGAAAACUGUGGUUUUGUGAGUCGUGUAUCCACUAAAUCCCUAUCAUUGUGGAGACACUUACAUGGACAAUCAGGUGUUAUUUUAGCUUAAAUCUGAUUUGUUGUUGUUGUAUUAUAGUUAACAGAUGCUUUUAUUUUUAUUUCAGCUUUGUGUUUUGCAUGACUUAGUGCUUCUUCUGAUCCAAGUCCUUCUAAUCCUGUGCUGUGACAGGGACCAGGUCUCCUUGAGACUGGCUGUCAAGGAUAUUACAGAGAAUGUCUUGUGAUCCUUUGACUGUUUUUAGAUGUUGUUUAAUUAGGGCUUUGACAAUGUGAUCUCAGAGGUAAUUGUAGCUGCAGCUGAGCACCCGCUUGUGUCUUAGUGUUUCUAUCAACACUUGCUGCAGUGAGAUUUGUAAAAAGUUAAAUCCGCCAGUGAAGAUACCAUAACAUUCAUGUAAAGUUGUGUUUUUGCCAUUUAAAGUAGAUCAAUCAUUCAGCUUUUAGAAUUGUAACCUGUGCUACCUCUCUGGACUGUUAAAUAUUGUUACUCUACUCCCACCAAAAGCAGCCUCAUUCCUACUGACGUUAGGAAGUAAAUCAGGCUUUGUAUGUGGGUUCUGUUCUAAGGCCUUAACACAGCAUGAGAGGACCAGAGAGUCAGCAGUACCUCCGUCCAAUCACUUUUUACUGUUCCAGUCAAAUAUCACCAGAUGGCUGUUGCGGCUUUGAUUUUGGACACGCCCCUCAAUGGGAAAUCACCACCAGCUGCUACACAAACAGACUAGUUUUGAAAAGUACUCUCCAUUCUCUGACCGCCAACAACUCUCUUUCAGAGUCACAUACAAUAAUUAAAUGUUGUCUUUAAGAUGGUAAAAUAGUGAGGAUUGUCUUUUGUCAAAGGUAGAGCUGGAAGCAGAGACAGGAUCUCAUUGGUUGAUCUCAACGAAGUGGAAAACCACAGACUUUAUUUACAAGCCUUUUUGCCUUUAUUAAAAAUAAACUAACUGUUGACAUGACCGAUGAUAAUGAAUAUUCCACUUUUACUCCGUCAACAUUUUGAAAUGUAAGCUUUUCUUUUGAGCAUGCCUCUCUUUCUCAGUUUGUAUUCAAUGAUCUUAAGCUGGCAAAAUACCAUGUGUUGCAAACUGCAGAAGAUCCCAAAUUGGGACGCAUAUUCUACAUUUUGCUGUAUGCGUAUCUGAUGCUAAAAGGCAGAAUAAUAGCACAGUCAAACAUGUCUAAAUCGGAAAUUGCUACAUUGGGAAUAAGGCUUAGUGACCAAAGAGUAUUACGGGUCAAUAGUGUCACCACCUACAGGAAGAAAGUGCUCCUGCUGCAUAGUUUCCGUUUUGCUUGUCAGUGUUUUUGAGGUUUACAUUUGUGCACAAUGGCAUCUCAGCUCCCCCAGCCAAGGCCUUGCAACACACACAAUCACGCACACACACUACACAGGACUGAGGCAGAGGACGCUGGGGUCGUCACACUAUAAACAGACGUUUGAAUAACAUUGGAGAAUUAUGCGGCUCACUAACCUUUAAUGGCUAUUUAAUAAUAUUGUGUCCGCAUGUGGCUGUUUGGCAUUAACUGUUAGCUGUUAAUCAUAAAUACAAAAUAAGAAAAGUAUAGUUUGACUACUCAAUAGCAAAAACUUUGUAUUUCAAGUGUGAUGAGAAAGCUUGUUUGAAAUGCAAAAACCUCAAACACUCAAAAACGCCUUUUCGCACUAUUAUCAGUCUAAUGCUACUCUUUAGAUCCAACCAACUACAGUCAACUCAACAGAUGAAAUCAUUUUUAGAUUAAGAUUUUGGAUAAGGAAUCAUAGCCCAUGAUUGAUUAAUGUUCUGGUUCUUUAUGUAGAUUUGUCACAGAUGAAUUUGUAUUCCUACAGUACAAAUGUACAUAUCAAACAGGCAGUGCCAUCUGGCUUCUUCUUAGCAUGCAGCAGGCAUAUCUGAUGUGUGUCUUUAUUCUCCGUUAUUGUUUAAGAUAUGGCUAUUGAAUUAUUUAUAUGCAUAGCAAGCUCAAUUACCAAUAUUUUAGAGCAUCAAAAAAGUUUGUUUGAUUCCAGAAAACUGGAGAAAGUAGAUUUAAAUUUAAGUAAAGGCUUUUUCACCAGCUACCUUAUAACUUUUAUAGGGAUAAAGUAUGAUGUCAAGAAUUCCCAUUCUGGUCUUAACUCAGUUUUCAUUACAUUACAUUACAUUGCAUUUAGCUGACGCUUUUAUCCAAAGCGACUUACAAUAAGUACAUUCGACCAGGAAGACACAACCUUUCAGUUAGUUUCUCCUCGAUUCCCCCGUUAAGGCAACUGUUAAUUUCAUAGAUUACAAUGUAAACUGAUGUUUUUACUUGGUCAAUUUGGUAACACGCAGAAGUCUCAGCAUGCCUCUCUCUCUGCGUGAGUAGCAGAUGUCACAGUUACUGGUGAUGGCUGACAAUCAAAUAGAGACAUGCUGUGGUUGAAAGCAUUAGUGUAGGGGGGAGGGCCGCUCGAGAGAGCACAAUUAAAUCAAUACUGAUCUAAAGGAUCAACUGCUUUCUUAGGUUUUUGACCCUAUGACCUUUUGACCCCCGAGGCAACAUUCAGGCACCUGCCCCCUUCAAUGGAUCCAUGUUUAUCGUAUAAAUCUAUUGUCUCCCUCUCUGGGAUAUUUGCAUAUGAACAGUGGAGGUACGGCAGCUCUCUGUCUUUCUUUCUGUACUGUAUGUGCACGGCAGGUCUUGCGUGGUAGCGACAAUCAGGAGACAUUAACACUGUAUACCUCCAAACACUCUGACAUCCCUUCAACCACACAGAGCCCGCUUCUACCUCAAGAAUAACAAAGCCUUGGCUUCAGCCAAAACAGACUUUUCAAGGUUGUGUUCAAGCAGAAAAACCUCAUCAAAACGAUAUUGAUGCUGGUUAUUAAGUACUAUGAAAGAGGUUGUAAUGACCACAGACAAUACGAUAUAAGAUAUAACUUUUGGUUAUGCAAGGGAAGUCAGAGAUGUUAGUACAGUUCAGGGUUCAGUUCAAGCUUCAUCUUCUUUACUGAGCGCUCCCCUCAGUGGAAGGUUUUGUUAUGACGCACUAUCAGUUCACAUUUCCUAAAGGGAAAGGCAAAAAAGGUCUGAGCUAAGGCUGUGAAGAUUUAUUGUCCUUCAUUGUGGACAUUUGCUGCAAACAAAGGACAUAUUUAAGUGUUAAUUUCUUCAUUUCACUACUUAGGGUUUUCUUUUUUAAAGUGACAAGGCCUCAUCACUGGACACAUUAAGGCUCCACUGAAACAAACUAUUUUAGAGGCAUUUAAUUACAGAAUGUGUUUACUUAUUUAAACCAGUAAACAAUCAAUAAUCAAACAUCUUGCUUGUUUCUCUUUGCUGGGGUCAAACAGGUUUCUCCAUAAUUUACAAAACAUUGGAGCAAAGUAGCUGUGAAAACUAUAUCAGUCUUAACUCUGUUCUUUACCAGAGUUUGUUCUGAGUCUGGAGAAGAAUUUCUAUCAGGUUUUAUGGUCAGACUGGUAUUUAUUUCUGAAUGCUACCAGCUGCUUUUUAUGUGUCUGUAGCCGCUUUGUUUUCUUUCUUCCUUUUGACAAAGUUAUAUUAUUGUGUGGUUAUGCAGUUUAAACGCUUGGGUUGAUUUCAAAAAGUCUGCUUGUUAGGUGCAUUCAUGUGCUGUUAUACAGAUCAGGAAAACAAUAACCCCGCCGGACUGAUUUUCAUCUCACAUUUUUUUUUGUCUUGGUGUUUGAUUUCCAGUCAAUCCAGGAAGGUCGUAAAUGUAGUGCUUUACAUGGGCUGACUCCCAAUCAGCACAAGCCCCUGCAGUCUCUUGUGGUUGGCUUGCUCGCUCUGUCAUAACUUUCAAGUGUUUCACCUUGAAAUAGUGCUGCUUUUAUUCCCACCAGAGCCUAGCUAAAGAACGUCUUGAAACCAGAGUGUCUUGCAUGGAAAACGAAAACUCUUGGCUCUUGUUCCCACAUGUUGCUGACAUGGAAAUUCUGCUGGAACAUUUACGGGUUAAGGUGCAUGUGGGCUUUGGGGGCUUUUGACUCAACAUCACCACUGACUUUAUCUCCAUCAGGGGGACUGUGGACAAGGAAAAUUAGAAAUAACAAGAUGCCUUCUGCUGUGACAAUUGUUGUAUGAAAUAACCUGUAUUACUAAGAUUCAUUAAAUAGAAUAUGUCUGAAAUAUGGCUUUUUAGGGCUAUGCAUUAUAUCAUGUUCCACUACCUGUUCUUUCUUUGCUUUUUUUUGGAUACGCUAUAGCAAACCCGGCACACCGAGAUUACUUUUAGAGCAAAUUUAUUAAUAUAAUGAUGAUGAUGAUUAAUAAUGGGAUUAUUUUAGGGAAGCAUGUGAUGUGUGUGUGUGGGCUUCACGUGUCUUCAAGUGAACUGAAACAGGCUAUUGUGUCUUACAACUUCUCAGGAAAAUCUACCUCUACCUCCAGUUUUAUGCAUUUAACCCAGUUUAAGUUACAGUUUAGUGAAAGAGGACGUGAGAGCGGACCCAGGUCUGAAAUAACUCCAACAUAGUAUAGUACCUAAUAUAGCUCAUAAUGGCACACCUAAGAGUGUAUUACAUCAAGUAUUGUGGUAUAUUUUUAUCCAUUUCCUGGCUGUUAACAAAUACUCUCAGAAAAUAUAUUUAUCACCCUGGUGGGUGCGUGAGAGGUUUAUUUUGGAAUCUUGGGUCUUUCUCCGUCUCUCUGAUUCUCUCUGUGUUACAGGUUGGUAACACUUUAGCUUAUUUGAGCAUCAACAACAGGGAACCUCCAGUUCAACAGCUUACUAACUACUCAGUAAUACACAAUAAAGUACUGCUUUUAGUACCACUGUUGGUAUUGCCAGUCGUUUUUCAGUCUGUUCUAUUAAUGUGUGCUUAUUCCUCCUUUUUUAUAAAUGAUUUUUUUUUUUUUUUAAUGGGAUGUUUCCCGGUAACCACGGUAAUAGUGAAGUGGCGGCAGGCAAUGCAACAGUUUAUUUUUUGUUUUCUUUGUUUUUGAAGGGUGAAGAGCUAUUAUUGCCCAUUUACUCAAUAUGUGUUUGUGUGAAGACUUUUAUUUUGAAUCUGAAAUUAAUAAAAUAUCACCUCUCUUUAAUGUCA